AAAACCAUCAGUGAACGAUCACCCAAUCAAUCGACUCCUCUCCUAACACUACGCGACUACGGUUACAGAUAAACUCCCACGUGAUUUGCCGGAAUUGCAGAUAAGUGGUGGAACAUCUUGCAGACGAUUUUCUUCGGUGUGUAAACAUUCCAUUAAUGUGUUGCAUCCCUACCUGGCUGCGGGCGAAAAAUCAAUACGGUUACGAUUAUUUCAAGGUUUCCGAAGAAACGCUGUCAAAUCCAAUUGAGUGAAGAUAGAAGCAGUUUUUCUUCUGAUUUCAGACAUUAUUUCUUUUUUCCUGAAGAUUUCUACACUAGUUCUCAGCCUGCUCCUAAGAGGAUUACAGAACGAAAGCUUCUCGAAGAAAAUGAAACCUUGCAAUUCUCAAGAAACCGUCUCCUUUUCUGGUUGGAUCCAGAGCUAGUUUUGGAUGAUUACUUUUAAAAAAAUGCGCGAACUACUACUACCUUUCCCAUUUUCGUUUCGUUGACAUCUUGUGCUGAAAGAAACGAUACGAUGCUACCUUAGAAGUUCCAAUAUCGAUCUGAUCCCUUUUUUUAUAUUUUUUUUACGAAAGCUUUUAGUGAUUUUUAAUACAAAUUUUAAUACGGUACAGAACGAAUUAUAAUUUUGUCAAGAUAUUAAUUAAAAGAAUACUAUUUUAUUUGUCUUAGCAUAUACGGCAUUUUUUACGUGUGAUGCAAUUUACGUCAUUCUACUUAUUUAACAAAAAAUAAACUUUUUUAUAAAAAAAAAGAAGAAGAAAGACUCUAAUUUCGAAGAACAUUCACAUUUUAUUGUUCCAACCUUUUACUUUUAUUUAGAGAAGAAUUGUUUUCAAAUCGCUCAAUUAGAAAACAAAAUCUGUCUCCAGAUUUAUCCAAGCGAAAAUUCUUUUUGAGCAAUAACUCCACACAUCAUUUUUCGCGUUGCUAUGACAACCAACUUGCGCAGACGAUCGGACAGGAGAAUCUUGCCUUCUCGCUAAAACACCACGUGUUGCUUCUAUAUAGGAGUGAAGAUCAAGACGCGAAACUCUCUUUUUAGCAAACGAUCGCUCAGCAGAUAAGGACGUAGCAGCUACCACACCGGCCAAUUAAUUCAGAACCGAAUUGUUCUGAAGCAGCUGUUAAGCCACAAGAAUUCUCAUAAGUUUCGCAUACAUUCCAAAAUUAAUUUAUCAGUGCAUUUAUUUACUUUUUUAAUAUUCUUAGAACUUUUUAAUUUUUAUUUUGUUCCGAAAUGUUGAAGAGUUGCAAUUAUCGUUUGCUCAAUUCGUUCUGUUCUUUCCCAUUUUUAUGAUUCUUGCUAUUAUUUUAAGGUAUUGAAGUGGAAACACAUUUCGCACCAUAAUGAAAUUAAGUCAAAGAUUAUGUGUCAUUUUCAGUGUUUUAUUGACGGUGUUCCUUGUUAUAUGUUUCGUCGAAAACGAACUGAAAAGCAGUGACUUAACUGAAGGUGAAAACUCAGCCCAUGGCCGGCAACAUUUUAUUUUUCAUAGACGAUUUUUAAAUCGCGACGAGAAUUCGAAAAUAUCUGCUGAAGCACCUAAUCAUCCAAUGAAUGUGAUACCACUUCCUCCAAAGAGUUCGAACAAAAAGAAUGAUACGACGACAACAGUUUCUACAACAAAAGAACCCAGAGAUGAAUUUCUUGAUUUGCGAAAAUAUACCACGUUGAAUCCAAAUUUUAGACAAUACAUGGAAUGGCCGCCGUACUUCAGGUUGCCAAAACAUAAUCCUACUUUGGCCGAUGUACUGAAAGUUAAAAUUAGGUCCAACAUGACGAACUGGGAGAAAUUCCACCUCCAGAUCAGCAAAUAUUACCUUUUCCCUGAAAAUUCCAAGGUAGUGGAUGAUUUGUUGCAUGAUCUGGCAACGCAGAAGAUCAUAGGAGUAGAGCAACUGCCUGGCGGUACUCAGUUGAAAUUGAUUCUCACAAUGGAAGACGGAGCGAAAGCUCUCUUUAAACCGAUGAGAUUUCCCAGAGAAGUGGAAACAUUGCCAAAUCACUUCUACUUCACCGACUUCGAAAGACACGUGAGCGAGAUCGCAUCCUUCCAUCUGGAUAAACUCCUGGGCUUCCGAAGAACACCUCCAUGCGUGGGCAGAAAAGUGAACAUAUCUGAAGAAUUGUAUCCUUUGGUAGAACCGGACCUGCAUAAAACAUUUUUCAUCUCCCCAGCGGGCAAUGUCUGCUUUCACGGUCAGUGCACGUACUACUGCGAUACCUCUCAUGCCAUCUGUGGCGAUCCCCACAUGCUGGAGGGCAGUUUGUCCGUCUGGUUGCCCCCGAGGAAUGUCCUGGAGAGGAAGCCGAUCCGAAGUCCUUGGAGGAGAUCGUACAACAAGCGACGAAAGGCAGCUUGGGAGACGGACAGCUUUUACUGCGUCAACCAGGUCAAGACGGUCGCACCUUACAACCAUGGACGAAGAAUUUACGAUCUCAUGGAUCUUCACAUCAUGGAUUACCUAACAGGAAACAUGGAUCGCCAUCACUAUGACGAAAUUCAAACAUUUGGUAAUGAUAGUGCUCUCAUUCAUUUGGAUAAUGGUAGAGGGUUUUGGCGGCCUAACUUUGAUGAGUUUACCAUUUUGUUACCACUGUUACAAUGUUGUGUCUUCCGCUUAUCCACAUUCAAUCGACUGUUUCAAUUCUACAUUGGCCAGAAAAGGCUUAGCGACCUUAUGCGAGAGAGCAUGGCUAAUGAUCCUCUUGCACCUGUGCUGCCAGAAUCCCAUCUCGAAGCAAUGGAUCGUCGCGUUGUCCAUAUUCUUCAGAGUGUAAGAAGUUGUGAACGAACAAAUGGACCACAAUUAAUAUUUCUAGACGAUCUAAUGGAUAUGCCAUGAUCAUGUAAAAAGUCCUCAAAAAAAUAUGCAAAAUUAUAUAAUAUUAAUGUUUAUAAGAAAAAAUAUAGUUUUUAAAAAAAUGUACAGCUUACUAUAACAUGGCAAUCACCAUAUCAAAAUUAUAAAAUCUUUGAGCAAACUUGAGCCAAUUUAUGAAUUUAACUGAUUUACAAGAAUGAAAUAUUCUUCUAUUAGUAUAUUCCAAGGACAAUUUUUUAAAAAAAUCAUUUCAUUCAACACGUAGUAUCCGAUUUAGCAACGUUUUCAAAUAUCCUAAAUUUUGACGUUAAUCUUUGGCGAGUUUACCUUAUCUUACCACUGUUUUGUAAACAUUCAAUAGAAUGAAUCACUUUUAUGUUGAUCAGAAAGGGCUCAACAGCCCUGGGCAAGAGAACAUGGCUAACUAUUACAUAAUUACACUUCAAUUCUCUGGAUCAGCUGAUGACCAAUAUUGUACAAUUUGUAAAAAGUUUUAAGGAAAUAAAUAAUCGUCAAUUAAUACAUAUCAUGAUGAUCAAAUGAAUGUAAGUCUUCAUUGACCGAAACAUUAUAUGUAAAAUAUUUUUUAAUGUAUCCUAAAAAACAUUUGCCAAAGUGCCAAAAAAAAAAAAUUAAGAUUAUAAUGGGUCUUUCAAGAUAAGAUGCUUUAACUACAAAAUUUUUAAUUUAAAAUCCAAUUCAAAAACACACAAAAAAUCAUAUUUCAAAUUAUAAAUUUAUUAAUCCUAGCAUUCAAAAAAUUAAUUCAAAACAAUUAUUUGAUUCAAAAUGUAUAGUUUUAACACUUUCAAAAUAAGAACACAGUAGGAAAAGAUACCAAUAACACACAAUUAGUUGGAAUUAAAAAUAAAAUAUAUAAGUAUUCUUUAUUUUACUAACAUUUGAAAGUUAAUAUUGUUUACUUAAAAAUCAAAAAAUCAAACAGCAUGAUUUUCUUGCCAUUUCUUUAACUUUAUAAAUCUUGUACAGCUUCUAGUCAAAAUUCAACUAUGAAAAGAUUGUGUUUAAAAUGUUCCUUUUAUGUUAAUUUAAUGAAUGAAUGAGUGAAAAUUGAUUCAAUGUGUUUAGGUAAGGGGUGGUUCAAAUUCUUUCUAGUCUUCAGCAUUAUGCUUUUGUUAUACUCAUUGUUUUUUGAUAAGUAUGAACACUCAAACUAUUUGAAUGUAUUCUUGUAUUGUUAUCUGUGUAAAUUUCUGCAAGAGAAU